GAGAGGCAGAGCGGGCGAGCGAAGAAACAGGGGAAGAGAAAACUGACAGUGGGGGGAAAAGAAAAAUGCAGGAAAGACACUGAAGCUGGGAUGGUAGAGGAGAAAACAGGAGACUGCAGACUGCUUGCCAAGGCUAGAUAGAAACAUUAGGAAGCAACAGUGAGGAAGCAGAGAGAAAGUGUGAUUUGUUCAAAUGUGUGUGUGAUGUGCAACUGGAGCGUGGAGUGUGUGUGUGUGAGCGGGUCUGAUUGUCCGUGCGACCAAUACUGGCAGGAAAACGUGCUCGGUGGAUUAUGAGAGAUCAAGAAGAGGACGAUUGUGUGUGUGUGUCAGAGUGUGUGUGUUUAAUGGUGAACAAAAGGGCUAGGUGCAGCUUGUCCGCGAGCGUGCGUGUUUAGACCGCGCAGCUGUGCUUGAGGAACGGGAAAAGAUAGUCCAGAUAGUUGAAGCACUUGAGGACACAAGGGCAUCCAGGGACACUUCUGCACUCUUAAUGCAACUGCUGUCUGAGUCCGUCAAACCCUAAAAGGGAAAGCGAACCGGUAAACAGAGACUGCUGAAGGAAGAUAAGGAGAAACCAUGUGUCUUCUCGAGCCAUCUUCAGAACUAUUUGUAGAAGCGAAGCAUCUCUGUUGCUGUUGACUACCUCAAAGAGAAGGAACGGGGACGGCGGGGUUUCUUCGGAGGUCUUCGUGAAGGGUCGGCGGGGUCCAGUACAGUGUCCGGUGAUCCCUGGAUGUCUUCAGCAGAAAGCCAUGGGAGAGUGGACCAUUCUAGAGCGCCUCCUGGAGGCUGCAGUUCAGCAGCACUCUACUAUGAUUGGAAGGAUUCUCCUGACAGUCGUGGUGAUAUUCCGUAUCCUGAUUGUGGCCAUUGUUGGUGAAACAGUGUAUGAGGAUGAGCAGACCAUGUUUAUCUGCAACACCCUCCAACCUGGGUGCAACCAGGCCUGCUACGACAAGGCCUUCCCCAUCUCCCACAUCCGGUACUGGGUCUUCCAGAUCAUCCUUGUUUGCACACCCAGCUUGUGCUUCAUCACCUAUUCAGUGCACCAGUCGGCCAAACAGCGCGACCGUCGCUACUCCUUCCUCUACCCAAUCAUGGAGAAGGACUACAGUCGUGAGGGUACCCGCAAACUACGCAACAUCAAUGGUAUUUUGGUGCAGCAUUCUGACAGUGGUGGCGGAAAGGACGAAGCUGACUGCUUAGAGGUAAAGGAGAUCCCAAAUGCUCCUAGAGGCCUCCUGCAUGGCAGGAACUCCAAGGUACGCCGACAAGAGGGAAUCUCUCGCUUUUACAUAAUCCAGGUGGUUUUCCGCAAUGCACUCGAGAUAGGCUUCUUGGCGGGGCAGUACUUUUUAUACGGCUUCAGCGUUCCUGGCAUUUUUGAGUGUGACCGCUACCCCUGCCUGAAGGAGGUGGAGUGCUACGUAUCACGGCCCACCGAGAAGACGGUCUUCCUGGUGUUCAUGUUUGCCGUGAGCGGGAUCUGCGUCGUGCUCAACCUUGCCGAGCUCAACCACCUCGGCUGGAGGAAAAUUAAGGCCGCCAUUCGAGGUGUGCAAGCCCGCAGGAAGUCCAUCUGUGAGAUCCGUAAAAAGGACAUGGCCCACCUGUCACAACCGCCAAACCUGGGCAGGACCCAGUCCAGUGAGUCUGCUUAUGUCUGAUCUCCAUUCAUCCAAAUAUGGCGUCACAAGGAGUCGAGUGGAGAGUGGAAUGCUAAAAUUACAAGGUACUUGUGCAAAUGUUUAUAAUGGUGAAGAGGGAGUGGCUCCACACAGCCACACCCCUUUCCCACAAGCCACUCCCUCCCUGUUUAUUGCGUAUGACAAUGUUUGAGGAAGUUUGCACAAUGCCAGGCUUCUGGAACAGCACGUGAAGACGAGGCAUGGAGGGAUUUGAAAGUCUCAAACUGACCACAAGCAUCGGUGGAAGGGCGAAGAGCGUGAGGUAUGAUACUAGGAGAUGAUGGACGUCAAACGCAGAAUGUUAUGGAAACAAACGAAUCUGGGGUUGUUUUCCCACUUUUCUCACUCUCAGACCUUGAGGAAAGAGGAAUGACCAAGAAGGAUAUUUAGCAGGAGAGCGUAGCAUGACCACUUUUUCUCAACCGUUGUCACUGAGAUGGUGCCAGAAGAGGAAUACUGUUUAGGUUUGCUCUCCUGGCAGUGAAUCGGCCUAAAACAAACAACGGGUGAGGUAUAAACAUUGUUACAGCAGUGGCACCUUCACUUUGAUGUAUGAUUGAACAAAUAUUAGCAUCGUUUUUGUAAUCGCUCUCUGGUUGUCGUACGAGACUAGGAGAUGAUUAUUACCUCUGCGCAAAUUGUGCCCUUCCACGAAGACUCUUGCGUGUUCCAGUCAAGUAUUCCUCUCUCUUGUGGUGCAUGAAUGUGUGUUUAUAUGGAUGUAUGUGACCAAAGUUGAAAGAAUUUAGAUUCCUUUUUGUUCAUUUUAUUAUUAUACGUUAUUUUUUUUGCGAAAAAGUUGGUGCCAUCAACUUAAAUGACUGUUUUUUGUUCCAGAUCAUUAUUUAAAAUAUAAAGUUAAAUGAUUAUUACAAAGUUAGAUUAUUUCCAUGCUGGUCCAAGGCUGGUUUAUGUUGAUUAUUGUUGGUGGAGCAGCUGUGUCUGAAAUCGAAUACUUCUCCACUAUAUAGUAUGCCAAAAACUGUAUGCCAAAAGAGUAGUAUGUAUGAUGAAUGAAGUGUGCAUUCGAUGGACACUUUAACCGCCACAAAAGAGGAUUUAUGAAUGCCAGUGAAGCGACGCAACUUUCACGUAAAAAGUAACAAUGGCGGAUUUGGCACGUCAGAAUUUCAUUCAUACUACAUACAUUCAUACUAUAUAGAACGCACUUUUUUUAUUGGUCAGUAUGCGAUUUUAGACGCACCGGAAACGAAAUAUGCUUGGUAACCAGCAUGGUCUUUCUGGUGAAUGUGAUUAACAAAGGAAAUCUUGUUUGUUAUGAUAAUGUAGAUGCUUGGUGAGGACACCCGUACAAACGAUUGAGAAAAAAAAAUUGUGUCCGGAUGUUUCUAUCAGAUGAAUUUAUUAUCAGAAAGCAUAAAGGUAUGUUUCAAAGGCAUGUUUACAAAGCUUUAUCUGUCAAAUGACUUUUGAAAUGAAAAAUCGAUGUUCAGUGUGUGUUAUUAGGAAAAAGGAAUAAUUUACAGUGUUUUAUUAGCUUUUUCUUCUCGUCACGUGUUUAUCAGCAUGCCUUUAUAAGUAAGAAAAGACGAAAAAAUAUACGUUUGCAUUGCACUUUGUGGGAUGGGAAGAGUGGAUAAAGGGAGAAACUCACUGUGGGAAGGACAUUAGAGCUGGGAAAGUGAGCCUUUUGGAUUGGUCCAUCCUAAAUAAGAUCAAUGAGGAGUAUGUGCGUGUAUGUAGCUGUGAUCCCCUGUGUGCCUUUGUUUACACAGUGUGGGAUAAAGCAGGGUGUACCGUCUCUAACAAAAGACACAAAUUACAUUCAGUUGUCUUUCAGCCAAUAUUACAGCAGCUUAGGCCCACUAAAGAAAGCACUUGUGCCUACACCGCCCUGACUAACUUCUGCACGUGCACAUAAAAAGCAACCCAGGGUAGACAGAACAGAGUCAACUAACACAGGCCAGCUCGCUGACAUACCGCAGACGCAGAAAACACCGACAGAGAGAAAGAGAGGAAACUGCAGAGUUCAUAGACUUAGGCAUGUCUUAUAGAAAAGUCGUUCACAGGAAAGUGUGCGUUUAUGUUUAGCUGGACAGUUCAGCCGCAAUUCUGAUUCAGGCCAGAAGUCAGCGUGAGCAUGGAUAUCGUCGUUCACAUCUAAAUUGAAUGAGAGGUAUAAAAUGGGCCUCGCAUUUAUGAGGCCUCGCAUUUGUUUUACUGUGAAUGUAAGCAACUCGUAAAUGAUCCGUAACAUUUCUGAAGCUUUUCUGCACAUGCAACCCUGUUGCUCCCAAGAUGAGAACCAGGAUUUCUAUGCUUACAUUUACAGCCAGGGUGCUAAAUUAACUCGCAUCGAGCGGCAAAUGCAAUUGGCAAGUACAUAAAUGAAGCUGCUUGCCAGUUUAUUAGGAACUGUGGAAGACUGCGAUAAUCUGAAACAUGAUGAAGUGAUGAUGCAAUUUAAAGACAUAAACUGUCUUUAAAACAAACAAACAAACACCGGCAUUUGCCAGCAUGACGGAAAGUUAAUUUUGGAUGUCGUGUAUGCACUCUAAAAAAAUGAUUUAUUAAACAGUAUUUUUGUAGCAUACAACUAAAUAUUUAAAAAAAAGGUUUGGAAAAAAUGCCAGUGAAACGUAUUCUCUUAAACAAAUUCAGUUAAUCUUGUUUUAACCUUCAAAUGGUCUUCGUUUCCUGUUUACACUUCUGGGCUCCCCAACAACUGAUUGAGUAAUU